AUGAUAAUCCUAUUGAUCUGGGUGGCGGUGCUGGUAGCCGCCGUGGUGCUAUACUUCAGGCAGCUCUACUCCUCAUUUGAUCGCCAUGGCAUCAAGCACAUUAAGCCAGUACCUAUCUUCGGCAACAUGGGCGGCAUUCUGUUACGCAUUGACCAUAUUUGUGAUAAUAUUGUGAAGCUGUACAACGACUUCCCUGAGGAGAGGUUCGUUGGUAGAUACGAGUUUGUGAGUGAGCUGAUCCUGGUCCGUGACAUCGAGCUCAUCAAGAAGAUUGCUGUCAAAGACUUCGAACACUUCCUCGACCAUCGCUCUCUAUUCAGCAACAGUGAAUCCUAUUUCUCCAGAAACCUGUUCUCUUUAAGAGGUCAAGAAUGGAAGGACAUGCGCUCUACUUUGAGUCCAGCGUUCACCAGCUCAAAGAUGCGUUUGAUGGUGCCUUUCAUGGUAGAAGUCGGAGAACAGAUGAUGCAGUCACUCCAUCAAAGUAUAAAACAAUCCAAAGAUGGCUCCAUAGACAUAGAAUGCAAGGACCUGACAACCCGCUAUGCUAACGAUGUGAUUGCGUCCUGUGCCUUCGGUCUGAAGGUGGACUCGCACAAUGACAAGAACAACACUUUCUAUGCGCUGGGCAAGGAGACCUCCUCGUUCAAUUUCCGACAGAUGAUGACCUUCUUCUUACUGAUAAAUGCGCCAGCUUUAGCUAAGUUAUUAAAAUUGGAUUUCCUCUCGGAGUCAUCAAAGGAGGCAUUUAAAAAGCUGGUACUUGGUACAAUGGAAAACCGAGAGUUAAAGAAGAUCAUCAGACCCGACAUGAUUCAUUUGUUGAUGGAAGCUAAGAAAGGCAAACUGACUCAUGAUGAAAUCAAACCAAAUGAUUUAGCAGCUGGAUUUGCAACUGUAGAAGAAUCAGCUGUCGGACAGAAAGAAAUUAAUAGAGUGUGGACUGAUGAGGACCUCGUAGCACAAGCAGUACUGUUCUUCAUUGCCGGUUUUGAGACCGUGUCAUCAGGAAUGUCCUUCCUGCUCUACGAGCUGGCUAUGAACCCUGAUGUCCAGGAUAGAUUGGCGCAGGAAAUCAAGGAGAACGAUGCUAAGAACGGCGGCAAGUUCGACUUCAACUCUAUACAGAACAUGGUCUACAUGGAUAUGGUUGUUUCAGAGCUCCUUCGACUUUGGCCUCCUGGCGUUGCCCUUGACAGACUUUGCACUAAGGACUACAAUAUGGGCAAACCUAACCCUAAAGCGGAGAAAGAUUUCAUUCUCCGCAAAGGCACUGGAAUCUGGAUUCCAGUUUACCCAAUCCACCGAGACCCUCAACACUUUCCCAACCCUGACAAGUUCGACCCAGAGCGCUUCUCGGAAGAGAAUAAACACACGAUUAAUCCUGCCGCGUAUAUGCCCUUCGGUGUCGGACCUAGGAAUUGCAUUGGGUCCAGAUUUGCGCUUUGUGAGAUAAAGGUAAUGGCGUAUCAGAUCCUACGAGAGAUGGAGGUGUCUCCAUGCGCAAAGACCUGCAUACCAGCCAAGUUAUGCAAGAACACCUUCAACCUGAGGCUCGAAGGAGGACAUUGGUUGAAAUUCAAACCGAGGGCGAAUUAA